AUGGAAGAACACGCAAGCGAUGGGUUAGGUAUUUUCGCGGAAACAACGGAUGAUCAAAGUGGUACUUCAGAAAAGGAAGAAAAAAAUCCACAAGAUAUAGCAAGGCAAAAGCGACAAUAUGUGCUAAUGGAAUUGGUCGAUACAGAACGGGAUUAUGUGAAAGAUUUGAGUUCAGUGGUAGACGGAUAUAUGGCAAAUUUGCAAACGAUGGAAUUGCCGGAGGAUUUGGUUGGCAAAGAUAAAAUCAUUUUUGCAAAUAUUGCUCAAAUUCUUGAUUUUCACAAAACGUUAUUUCUAAAAGAAAUUGAAAAGUGCCUUGAAGAUUAUGAAGCUGUGGGUAAUGCUUUUGUUAAAUACGAACGAAGGCUACAUACCUAUUAUGUGAAAUAUUGUCAGAAUAAGCCAAAAUCUGACUUUUUAAUGGCACAGGAUGAUUUUGAGCAGUUUUUCGCCGAAACAAAGCAGAAAUUGGGUCAUAAGAUAGCGUUACGUGAUUUAUUAAUCAAACCAGUGCAGCGUAUAAUGAAAUAUCAAUUACUAAUGAAAGAUAUUUUGAAAUAUACGGAAAGGGCGGGUGAUCGAAUGGAUGUACUGGAAAAAGCUCUUCAGGUGAUGCAUGUAGUACCGAAGGCAUGCGAUGAUAUGAUGCAAGUUGGCCGAUUGCAAAAUUUCGAUGGAAAUUUAAAUGCUCACGGAAAAUUGAUAUAUCAGGGAACAGUGGCAAUCUCAGAUAAUGCUCCAUCACAGCCUUUCAAAGGAAAAGAUAGGCGAAUAUUUCUAUUUGAGCAGUCUGCAAUCAUUGCUGACUGUAUUUUGCCGAAGAAAGAAUUUAGCAACCCUACAUAUAUUUUCAAAAGUCAAAUUAUGGUCAACAAAAUGGUAUUGGAAGCUAAUGUUCCUGACGAACCUUUACGUUUCAUCCUGAAGAGUAAUGAUCCAACACAACCGAAUGCAUUUGUAGCGCAAGCUAAUACAAUGGAGGAAAAAGAUGAGUGGAUUUCGAAAAUAAAUAGUCAACUGGAUCAGCAAAAAACAUUUCUAGCAGCUUUGGUAGAUCCUAAACGUUAUCAAAAUCAACUUGCUGGAAGUGUCAGUUCAUUGUCGUUGGAAGAAAUGGAUAAGAAGAAGACGUUGUUUCCACGAUUAACGGGUAAAAGUAAAGAAAGUCACGGUUCUUCAGGUGCUUCAUCUUCGAUGCGUCAAAAUUCUAGCAUGCAAGCAUUGUCAUCGAAGAACAAUUCAUCGACAAAAUCGUCGAAGUUGUUUGGUUUUGGGAAAAAAAUGAAUCCAACAAAUAGUAACAAAUCAGCAGCAGUAGGUAAAUUAAAAUAA